AUGUCUAAUUACACCUACUCCGAGGAAGAAGUCUACGACUACUCCGACUUCGAAGAUAUCUUCGAGUUCAACAUCAACGAGGAAGACCACAGCGAGGUCGCCGAAGUUUCCACGCCAGCCACCUUGCCAGACUCACCUCUCUUGGUGCCACAGCAUUUGCGUUUGGAAAAAUCUAACUACACCACCAAUUUGCUCUACGAAUGUGCCUUCUGCAAGCAGUCGGUGUUACACAACCACAAUUGCCUAGCCUACGACAGUGAGUUGGACUUGUCUGUCCAGCACAACAACCAGCUCAUCCAGUCUAACUACAGAAAGUGGCUUUUCCACAACUCUCCUCCCACCCUGGCUUACUCCAGCCUUGAAUCUAGUAUUGAGUACUAG